GGUAUCUGGUGCGGCUGUGUGACUCCUCGUCUGCUAUGGGACAGCCUGCGUUUGGACUGGACGUCAGACUUCAGUGCGUCUCUGCAAACGUUUAUCGGACUGGUUGCUGAGGAUUGAAGCUUCAGCCACAGCAGAGAGAGAGGACAGAUAACUGGCUGUCUGUUGUUGUUGGCCUGUGGUAGACCAUCUCUUGAGGCACGCUGGGCUGAGAUUUACAUAAGGGGGAGCUCAGCAGUGUACAUGGCCUUUCCCAAGCUUUCCUUCCUGCAGGCCCUGAGUGUGCUGCUCUUGGCCUCAGUGUUGGUGCGUUGCCAGGCCCCUCUUGAACCAGAGGAAGAUGAGGAGGAAGAGCCAGUAAAGGAGACCGCCAUCGCAGUAGUGGUGACGAAAUCUGAGCCGCUCGAAUGUCCGCCGGAGUGCAGCUGUACAGCAGAAGGGGCAGUGGACUGCGCUGGAGUCGACCUCACAGAGUUCCCCGCCGAGCUGCAUGACAAAACACGCCAGCUCUCUCUGCAGAACAACAAAAUUGCAGAAAUAACGGUGGAGCACAUUUCACAUCUGCAUAAGCUUGAGACGCUCAACCUUCAGAACAACUGGCUUACCACAAAUGGCCUUGAAGAUGAAGGUUUUGAGAUGCUUGAAGAGCUGGCUUAUUUAUACUUGGCAAAUAACAAGCUCAUCGCAGCACCAAAAGCCCUACCACCCACUUUGGUUAGUGCUGAUUUUGCUGCUAACGAGCUUACAAGGAUCUACCCAUAUACAUUUGGCUAUAAACCAAAACUAAGGUCCGUGUACCUCCACAACAACAAGCUGACUGACGCAGGGCUCCCUGACCAUAUGUUCAAUGGUUCCAACAACCUGGAGAUCCUCACCCUGUCCAGCAACUUCCUGCGGGUUGUCCCAAGGAACUUGCCCUCCAGCCUUUACCGUCUUCAUCUGAAGAGUAACAAGCUGGAGAAAAUCCCAGCGGGGGCCUUCGACAACUUGCCAAACCUCAGAGAGUUGUAUCUCCAGAACAACCUCCUCAGCAAUGAGGGCAUGGACAACGACACUUUCAGCCAACUGAGCAGCCUGGAGUGUCUCGACUUGUCAAAUAACAACCUGGACGUCGUCCCAAAAGGUCUUCCUCGAAAUCUAAUGCUGCUACACCUUGAGAAGAACUCCAUCCGCAGCAUCCCCGGAGACGCUCUUGUUUCUGUCCGAAACCUUGAGUACCUGCUCCUCCACAAUAACAAGCUUCGCUCACGUUCCAUCCACCCAACUGCCUUCCAGGGCUUGAAGAAACUGCACACUCUCCACAUGUACAACAACUUACUGGAGCGAGUUCCCAGGGGCUUGCCUAAGCGGGCCAAGACCCUAAUGAUUCUCCACAACUCCAUUACUGAAAUUAGCCGUAAUGACUUGGCCCUGUUGUACACCCUGACCGAGCUGAACCUUAGCUAUAACAAACUAACCAGCCCCAAAGUACACCGCGAGGCCUUCAGGAAGCUGCGUGUUCUGGAAACUCUGGAUCUGUCGGGGAACAGCCUUCAAUCAAUACCCGUGGGUCUUCCUCGCAGCCUGCAGGUGCUCGAAAUCAAGAGCAACCAGCUGAACUCUAUACCAGACGGUGCACUGACGGGCAUGGAGAAGCUACAAAAGCUCAUCCUCAGUGACAACCAGAUGAAACUGAAUUCAGCCUACCAGGGAGCAUGGAUGGAGCUCAGUGCGCUCACAACGCUAGACCUGUCUAGCAACCAGCUGUCACACAUCCCCCCUGACCUGCCUGAAUCUCUGGAAUACCUUUACCUGCAAAGUAACCGCAUCUCCAGUGUUCCUGCUUCAGCAUUUGAAGGCACUCCAAACAUCAAAGGCAUCUUCCUCCGGUUUAACCGCCUUUCUGUGGACUUUGUGGACGAGAGCUCGUUCGCAUACCUGUCCAACUUGCAAGUGCUGGACAUCGGCACAGGAAACACCGACCUCCCCUUUAAAAAAGAGGAGAUGGAGGAGGAGCAGGAAGAAUAAAGAUGAACUUAAUAACUGACGUUGGACUGCACUGUGUCAAGGGCAGACAGGCUUUUAAAUGGGAAUGAGCCUGUGAAUGUAAUUUCCCAGGUCCAUUAUUGCAUUGUGCUGAGUACAUAUUUCUGGUGCAGGAUACCAGAUGAAGUUACGUUAGUCACCAUUUUUUGGGCUGGUUAGUAUAACAUAUCUUUAUAUCUGAGCUUAAAAUAUUUGUUUUGGACUGUUGACACGCAACAUAUAUCAUCGAACUGUGUUUUCCAGCUUUAUUUUAGAAAAUACAUUCACAGAAGUGAAUUUUUCCAUGUUAAUGUUUCAGAAUCAAUACCCCAAAAUCUAAGCAGAGUGAAAAAGGACACGUUGUUUGCACGGUGUGUGUCUUUCUCUGCUUUAUGUCAUUGUGUUAAUGGCUGCCUUGUCUCUCUCCCUGGCUUGAAAAAAAGUGAUUUAAUCAGAAAUUCUGUGCCAAAAUUUGUGUUUUUAUCGCCAAGGGUUGCAAGGUAUGCAGUUUCCGAUUAGAACCAACAAAGCCCCUGUCAUUUCAAACUUUUGAAGUCUCAAUUUUAUUUUCGAUUAAUCUUUUUUUUCAAGUAAUCGGUUCAUUUCUUAUAAUACUCAAAUACUCAACAAUCCUGAAGCAUCAUUUCAUCAGGUCGACAAUCCAAAAAGCCCAUUCCGUUUAUAAUGAUGGAGAAAAGAAAAAAGAACCUUACAUUUAAUACUUAAACAUUCAUGAUAUCAAGCACCAAUUUUGAUAGGAUUUAUGGCCUGCAUUUUUUAGCAUUAGCAAAUCAGUGUAUUUGCUUUCUGGCAACGAGUUUGUACUCACAGUGGCAGUUUUCAUUGUUACGGGUGGAGAAGGCUUAUGUUGCAAAUACAAACUGAGAAUCAAUGCACAAGGGAUACAUUGGAGGGGAUGCACAUAUUUGAUCAUGAGUUUCGUAUUUCCGUGUUGGAUGACAUUGUAUUUUUUAUUAAAACAUUGCAACUUGAUGAAUUAUUUGAGCCCAUCAUUUUGUUGGAUGUCUCCAGAGAGACAGAGUUGCCACUCAGAGCAAAUUGCACUUACUGUUACCACCAGUUACCACAGCAGUCGUCAAACCAACCAGGUCUGAAAUGUUGAAGGGACUGUUAACUUCAAAAUCAGAAAUACAUAUUUCCCCUCUUACCUGUAGUGCUAUGUAUCAAUCCAGAUUGUUUAGGUGUGAGUUUCUUUUUGAGUAUAGAUGCACAUUUCCUUCUGCGCUGUGAUACUGUUGGAGGGUGAAGUUCAUUAGAAAGAAAAUAGUUCCUAUACGAAACUGCUCAUAACAAAGUCUGUAUUUCCAAAACUCAACAAUUCAAACCAAAACAAUCUAGAUGAUAAAUACAAGUAAGAGGAAAAAUAUGUAUUCUUGAUUUCGGGGUGAACUGUAACUAUUGGGAUGACAGCAACAAUCUUUAAAUACCAGUAAUUCACCUACUACGUGGAUGAUUGUGGAUAUGAGUUUGCUUGUGCUUGUGAAUGAAAUAUUCAAAACAUAAAAGCGACUUCAAUAUAUCUGAAGUUUCAAUCCAUGCUGCUGCUACUUCCGUCCAUUCCUGUUUUUUGUUUUUUUAAAUGAUAGCAAAUAUUUUUAUAUGACAUUGAAAAAACUCCUAUUACAUUCACUAUAUCGCUAUGAAUACAGUGUCACUUUCACAUACAGCAGUAUAGUAUUGU